CAUUUAAUUUCAACUCCACGUAACUAUCUCAAACAAAAUGGAUCCUAAAGACGAUGAAAUAGUUAGUGCGCCUAUUGAGGAAAAGGAUCCAGGCCCGAUUGAGAAUGAUGUUCCAGCUGGUGCUCCAGAAAUAUCAGCACCUGUCGUCAAUAUUCCAGCUGCUCCAAAGCCAAAACCUAAGAAAGCCCCAGAGCUGCCUAUUUUUGAGAGAAGGAACUGGUUGAUACAUCUCCAUUAUGUAAGAAAAGAAUUUGAUGUCUGUAAGUCUAUCAUCAAGGAAGGCCUAGCUGAAAGUGGUGGGAUGUGUGAAUAUGCAGUCUACACUCAGGCAUUGGUUCUGAGACAGGAGGGGAGGAUCCAAGAAUCCUUAGAGCUGUUCCAGACGUGUACACUACUGAACCCACAAAGUGCUGACAACCUGAAACAAGUGGCUCGGUCACUAUUCCUUCUGGCUCGACACAAAGCUGCAGUGGAGCUGUAUAACGAGGCAUCUAAGCUAAGCGACAGAGAUUGGGAAAUUGCACAUAAUCAAGGAGUGUGUUACAUGUAUCUUAGAGACUACAAAAUGGCAAAAGAAUGUCUCAGUCAGGCAUUGUCUUUCAAACGACAUGAAAUUUCCUAUGUGAUGUUGGGGAAGAUUCAUCUAAUGGAGGGCAAUAUAGAGGCAGCCAUUGAGAUUUAUAAACAGGCUGUAGAGUACUCUCCAGAAAAUCCAGACAUGCUGACAACAUUGGGACUUCUAUACAUGCAGGUUGGUCAGUACCAAAAGGCAUUUGAAAAUCUUGGUAAUGCCAUGACCUAUGACCCUUCACAUGUCAAGGCCAUAAUGGCUGCUGGGAGCAUGAUGCAGACCCAUGGCGAUUUUGAUGUGGCUCUGAACAAAUACAGGAUAGCAGCAGUAGCUACCCCGGAGAGUCCUCCAUUAUGGAAUAACAUUGGGAUGGCUUUCUUUGGCAAGAAGAAAUAUGUGGCUGCAAUAAGCUGCCUGAAGCGAGCUAACUAUCUGGCCCCAUUUGACUGGAAGAUUCUGUAUAACCUGGGAUUAGUCCAUCUCACCAUGCAGCAGUACGCCUCCGCUUUCCACUUCCUCAGUGCUGCCAUUAACUUACGUCCCAAAAUGGCUCAGUUAUUUAUGCUUCUAGGAGUUGCCUUGACUCACUUGGAGGACCCUGACAAUGCUAGGAAGGCAUAUGAACAGGCUGUUUCUCUGGAACAAAAAGAUCCUGCAAUGAGUCUCAACUUUGCAAUAUUUUUGAACAACAUUGGUGACAAAAGUGCAGCUCUGAAAAAUUACAAGGAAUUUGAGAGUAGAUACAGAAUAAUGAAGACAACCAACCCUAAUGCAGGUGAUCAGGAGAUGCAGGAUGCUGCUCAGAAACUAGGAACUGUGUUACAAGUUGGAGAAAGCCUGGUGUGGAACGAAGGAGGGGCACAGAAAGGGGCCACCUCAUCAGAGAAAGCAGAGCCUGACAGACCAGCAACCACUAGCGGUGUCAGUCUCCCUCCCACCGUCAAGCCCCCCAUGGAUCGUGAGCAGAUUGCCACCCCCAUAAUUCCCCCUUAUUAUCCCUACGAGGAUGAGAAGGGCCCCAGCCGAAUGGGGGAGACUCCUCUUCCCCCCACCAGGGGCCUCACUACUAUGAAAACUGAAUUUGAAUUUAAAUCACAGCACAGUGACUUGGAAAACCUUCCUAACCCCCCUGAUGGGCCCCCUUCAUAUGAUGAUGCCAUGAGUGGAGGGGUCAAGGAAGAGGAGAAUGAGGAGGACUUUGUACACCCCCCUCCCACAUGACUACCAGUGGAGGAAUGCCAUAUGGAUCUGUGAUUCCUAAGGAAGGUUUUUUUCACACAUGCAUCUGGAACACCUAGGGCCUUUCACAAAUUUAAGGUUUUUUCCUAUGGAUUGUCAAAGGUUUAAAAAAGUAACUGAAUCUUGUAGCAGUGAUAUCUCUUCUACUUAUUUAUUUUGUGAUCUGAAGAAUUAUUUAUGUUGUUUUGUGUAUUUAUGGGGGGUUAUUAGUGAAAUCAUUAUUAUACAUGAUACUUUGUUAUUCAUUUAAGUUAAAUGAUCAGUAUCAAUGAAAAAUGUGCAUAAAUGUACCA